AUAAUAUGAGGUGUGGGACUUGACUAAUGGCUGCGUAAUGUUGUGUCAUACUUAUUAUUACGCAAGGAGGAACUCGGUACACGGUCAUGUUACGCGGAUGAAGCCGUGUUGAGGAUCAGCACAGCCUUUAAACUGGGUCUAAGAUAUGGCCUCUUACUCAGAGGUGCAUGGGCCUGGGUGUGCCAAGAACAUGCCAAGGUGCAGUUUUGGGGUUCGCUCAUACCUGCAUUAUUUCUAUGAAGAAUGUACAGCCUCUGUAUGGGACCAGGAGGAUGUUCAGUAUCAGCGUUCACACCAGUGGUGGCAUUUAGGCCUCUGCAAGGUUUCUCUUGCAGUCGGAACGGUCCUAUUAGCCAUGGGGUUGGUGGUUUUGGCAGUGGGGUUUGCCGUUCCAACUCGAAUCGAGGCAUUUGGAGAGGGUGACUUACUCUUCGUGGAUCGGCAUUCUAUGCGACACAACCAGGCCCUGAACAUGUGUGUGCAGGCUGGCACUGGGAUGCUGACCCUGGGGGGCCUGAUGAUGACCGCUGGCUUGCUGCUGUCUGCUUUCUCCAGACCCACAACCAGUCCACAGCCUCCUGGGAAAGAAACGAAGGGCAUCAAUGUGAGGGGAGGUGGAGCGGAUGGAAAGAGCCCAACAAAUGUUCUCACUAAAGCUCCCAGUCCAGCUGCAGGUGAUACAGCUGUGCCUGUUGCGCUGCCUAAAGUGGAGGAUGUCCAACCAUAAGUAACCUAAAUAAUCCUGCCCUACUGAAGACCUGGAUUCACUAGGCCAGUUUGCGCUGAUGCAGUUAUUUGGUGUUGAGUUUGCAAUGUAAAAUGUAAUGUAAAUUGAAAUAAUGUAAAAUUUCUAAUAUAACAAAUCAUAAUAUUUUAAGUAAGGAAUGAAACAUGAUGGUGUGUGUUGACACUGAAUCUUAUUGUACUGGUACAUUGGCAGUAUAGGCAUACAUUUGUCAGGAAAAUCCAUGAUGGCGUGAUGUGAUAUCUACAGUAUAACAGCACACAAUGAGGUGUUUUCCUCUUACAUCAGGAAGAUGUCAACAGCUUAACUGAAUGUUGUGGAAUGUUCAUUAGAUCAACUAGUUCUUGUUAUCACUUACAGUAGACAUUUCCUCAGCACACUGUCAUUUUCAUCUCUCUUGAAGUUAUUAAGUCAUAAGAAACUGCUUGUGACAUUACCAAGAAACCAGAAAUCAUAAACUACUCUUAAGAAAGAACUGAGACUACAGACUUAUUCCUUAAAUGUUAAGUAAAUUUCUGUUUGCAGAAAGAUUCAUCAUAUCAGCAGUCAUAUGUUGUUGUUUUUUUUGUUUGUUUUUUUAAAUCACACAUUCUACAUAAUCCAUUUAUUAUUAGCCUUGCGUUGUCCAUCCUAGGAAAGAGUUCCUACACUACGGAAAAGAUAUAUAGAAAAUUAUAAAGCUAUAAAAAAAAGGUUUUGGAAAUGUAUAGAAAAUGAAUCAGCACCUUUGGAUUCGAGAACUCUUCAGCGCCGUGUUAUAAUAUACAAUAAAUCUCUUCUGCUGCUGCUGUUUCUAUCUGAAAGACAGAGAGAUCUACUAUAGUAGAAAACAAGACAUUUUCCAAUGAAAUUUUUAUCAGAAGCAUAUUAUUGCAGUUUGUCUUUGCUUUAUGUUUAUUUGACUCAAGUUGGCAUCUGAGUAUAUUUCAAAGGUAGAGUUAAAUAAAUACAAGGCCACGAUAUUGUAAUACAUGAUGUAUCGUCAGGAGACUUUCCCUUUAGGACUGACUUUGUGUAUCAAGCUAUAGAAAAAAAUGGGGAUGAUAUAUUCAAGAGAGAAAAGCGCAAUAGUUUCUUAUGU